UACCUUCGAUCCUUUAGACAUCCGGCGACGCACGUUGAAUCAUGGUCGAGGCAUCAAGUCUUCGCCGAUGUGUUCGGGCAAGUCUCGCAGGCGUCAUGGUCAUGGUAAUGCAAAGCUACCUGUUCUGCCUUCUUGGCGAGCAUGGAGCUUCCAGACUCCAAGGCAUGGCUCGACGAGAUUCCUUGCAUGAGCGAAGUGAGGUGUCGCGGGUGGUGAGGCAAGAGAACGAUCCGGAUUCCGGAGUGAGCAGAUACAACUUCGAGGAAUAUCGUGGAAUUUACAAGAGGCUGAUAAGCGAUGAGUCCUGGCCAAGAGUUAUGCGCAUUGUGGUGGUGGGUCCGCGCGGCGACGGAUUUCGCCAGGAUGUGCAGGAUGCAGUCAUCAAGGUGCUCGGAUGGGAUCCCAUCACAGUGACUGUGGAUGAAAGGACUCGCUGGCAAUCCAUGCGCCUGGAUAUCCGUGCCUUAGACAGCACGACAGGCCAACAACGAUUGAUGUGUGACAUGUCCUUUUGAUUUUCAAGACAUGUGGAAGAAGCUCCAUGUUCCGAGAGUCGGCGCGAAGAAAAGCAACGCGCUGUUCCAACUAUGCUCUGGCGUUUUCCAGCAUUGCGUCAGGAUUCAUCAAUCCUGAUGAUUUCUGUGCAUUGCACAGUUAUUUGCAGACAAUUGAUGGCAUUCAGUCCGUGCUGUGAACUGGCAAUGUGAGGUUAGGUGUCACUUGCAAAAUGGGUGUGUCUUUUUUGAGGGAAC